AUGGUAAUCUUUGAGAGUACUGUUACCCUUGUUGGUAUAAUCUUAUCUAUCAAGAUAUAUGAGGAUCCUGUGAAAGAAGCUUCAUUCACAAGACUCUGCAGCACAAAGAAGAUUUUGACGGAGAAUGGACAAUUUCCAGGGCCAACUUUACAAGUUCAGUAUGGAGAAACAGUUCUUGUCAACAUUUACAACCAAGGGAAACACAACAUCACGAUUCACUGGCUUGGAGUUCAACAACCUAGGUAUCCAUGGUCAGGUCCGGCAUACAUCACACAAUGCCCGACCCAACCGGGAGGAAGAUUCAGGCAAAAGCUUAUAUUUUCCAGGGAGGAAGGGACCCUAUGGUGGCAUGCUCACAGUGACUGGUCACGGGCUAUUGUUUAUGGAGCUAUUAUCAUCCGCCCAAAGAGUGGAAAGGUACCCUUUACCAAGCCUGAAGCAGAAGUGCCCAUAAUAUUAGGUGAAUGGUGGAAAGAAGAUAUAACACAGCUUCUCCAGCGACUGUUUGAGACAGGAGGGGACCCCAAUGUCUCUGAUGCGUUUACCAUCAAUGGUCAGCCUGGUAACCUUUAUCCAUGCUCCAAAAAAGUUACGUUCAAGCUAUCCGUGGAUCAAGGCAAAACUUAUCUACUCCGCUUGAUAAAUGCUGCUAUGAAUAUCAUUCUCUUCUUCGCCAUCAAGAAACAUAAUCUCACUGUUGUGGGUAUGGAUGGUGGCUACACAAAGCCACUUAGCACUCAAUAUGUUACGAUUUCUCCUGGACAGACCAUAGAUGCCUUGUUGUAUGCCAACCAAAAACCGGACCGAUAUUACAUGGCUGCCAGGGCUUAUUCUACUGGUCUUGAUGUGCCUUUCGAUAACACCACCACCACAGCAAUAGUUCAAUACAAAGGGCAAUACAAUAACAUAACUUCAUCGUUUCCUUCCUUGCCUUCUCUUCCUUUCUAUAACGAUACAAUUUCGGCCUUUUCUUUUUUUAAGGGUCUGAAGAGCUUAGCUGGUAAAAACCACCCAAUUGAUGUCCCAUUAAACAUCAGAAAUCGAAUAAUUGUCACAAUUUCUGUUAACUCUUUACCCUGCCCACAUAAUAACUCUUGUUCGGGUCCUAAUGGAACAAGAUUUGCUGCUACCAUGAACAACAUAAGCUUCCUUGAUCCAUCAACUGCUCUACUCCAAGCUUACUAUCAGCAUGCCAAUGGGGUAUGCGGAAAUAGUUUUCCAAAUAUGCCACCAUUUAUAUUCAAUUUCACAGAAAAAUAUCCUCCGUUAAACUUAGAAACUCCGAAACGAGGAAUGGAGGUGAUGUUUUUGGACUAUAACUCCACAGUGGAAAUUGUUCUACAAGGAACCAACUUGAUGGCUGGGAUUGAUCAUCCCAUUCACCUUCAUGGUUACAACUUUUAUAUUGUUGGAUUUGGCUUCGGGAAUUUUGACAUAUACAAGGAUCCUUUAAAGUAUAACCUCAAAGAUCCCCCAUUUCGAAACACGGUGAGUGUACCUAUCAAUGGCUGGGUCACCCUCAGAUUCAAGGCAAACAACGCUGGAGUUUGGUUACUCCAUUGCCAUAUAGAGCGACACAUGACAUGGGGGAUGAAAACUGUUCUCAUUGUAAAAGACGACCGCCCCGAAGAGAGUUUACUGCCCCCACCACCGGACAUGCCACCUUGCUAA